AUGUGUGGUUUCGGAGAUAAGGAUCGACGGCCAAUAACCCCGCCGCCUUGUAUUAGACUUGUGGUCAUGGAUAAAGUUAGCGGUAAGGAAGUUGAUUGCAACGAGGUUGAGCACCAACACUAUGUUCUUCACGUGGACUUAUGGUCCGAAGACGGUGCGAAAGAAGUAAAUCUCGUGAAACAUUCACAACAGUCACCGUCGAUUUCAUCGACACAUCCUUCGUCGUUCCGGGAGGUUGUCGAAGGAGGGCAAGCUGGUGUUUACGGCUUCCAGGCCAUUGUGCCAUCUAAUCGCGACUUUGCGCAGAAUCCCAAUGCACCCUAUCCUCAUCAAAUGGGACCUUACCAGCCAGAUCCAUAUUCUCAAGGACAAUAUUCCUAUCCGCAACAAGUGCAGCCGUAUGGGUACCCUCAAGGGGGCUACAGAGACAUGGCAGGCGUGGCACCGUUGCCCUCACAAGCUAUGUAUGGUCCUCGGUAUUCCCACGAUAUGUCUGCUGGUGCCAUGGCCCAGGGCCGUCUGAUGGGACAACAACAACCCAACAGCGGCAUGUACACACGGAACCUUAUCGGUAGUCUUGCAGCUAGUGCUUCACGGCUACAAGACCCAUCUGACAAGAUUGGCAUCUGGUUUAUCUUGCAAGAUCUCAGUGUACGAACCGAAGGGUGGUUUAGGUUACGGUUUUCUUUCAUCAACCUCAGACGUCUCGGCGCGGCGUCAAACGGCGGCAGCGAUGCCGAACUCUUGAACAGGGGCAGGGCACCUGUCCUGGCUUAUGCAUUUAGUGAGAAAUUCCAAGUUUAUUCCGCAAAGAAAUUCCCGGGUGUGUGCGAGAGCACCCAGCUCAGCAAAACUUUCGCUCUCCAAGGAGUCAAGAUUCCGAUCAGGAAGGAUCAGGAGGGAAAAGCAGGAAAAGGCGGCCGUGGCUCUGACGACGAAGAAGAAUAG